AAAAACUGGGUUAUCAUCGAAAAGGAUGUUUAAAAUAUAGAUAUAAAUGCACGUCCUUUACACUCUGAGUCCACAAAUUCGGUUUCCAGCAAUGACAAAGGCAUUAGUAUUUGGUGGUUUUAUUUUGCUAUGUGCCUGGAUCAAAGGGACGUUUAGUCUGACAGGACAUGUAUGCACGCGCCCCCAAUACUACCAGUACCGGAGUACGACAAGAUCAGGUUUAUGGGGAUGGGGAAGAACGACGGUAUACAGACUGAAAAGGAUUGAUGUGCAGGAGUGCUGUUUUGGGUGGGGGGAAAACGGACGUGCCAUACCAAUAUGCCAUACGCCGUGUUAUAGUGGCGGCACGUGCAUAGCGCCCGAUACGUGCCAAUGUCCGCCAUCACACGAGGGGGCGAAUUGUGCCCAGCUAAAGUGUUCUCACCUGAAGCCCUGUUUCCCCGGUGUGUGUAGUCCACCUGACAACUGCGCAUGUUAUGAUGGUUGGGAAGACCAGACAUGUUUAAGAUUUUCUGCUGGAAAGAAUCUGCCAAUAAUGUCAUCUUGCGCUGUGACUCUAGCGAACAUACGGCGUACAGAUCUAAAGGAACUCUUCUACUUUAGCGUUCCUUGCACAAACGAAACAGGGAGUGUUGUGAUAUGGUGUAAUCAAGAGAACUUCAACUAUGCACGGUUCACCAUGAAUUCCUUGUACAUUCCUUUGAAUGCGUAUUUCCCGAAAGAAAGAUACAUCACAUCUAGCGGUUUUGGUAUCGUUCGUAGUGAGGCAGAUGUUCUACACACUAAUAUGAACAAAACCGGUGGACCAAACCGCCUCGUAGCUCUAAAUCACACGUACAUAUGCGGCUUGAUGUCUGACACCAGCCCUUUGAAUAACGCCAGCUGCGUGAUGACAGAGAAUGACUACAUCUACAGCUUGGAACACGGAGAUGAGUUUACAGUGAAAUAUGACAUCAACUAUAAUAGUCCAGGAGCGUUGCAAAUUGUCCAAGGUCAUUGGGAUCAAAAACCAGUCGAUUUCAAAUUCGACUUUAUAGCUCCAAAACAUUGUUCGGAACACGAUGCUUUAAUGAAAUGUGCCCCAGGACAGUAUCCAAUUAUCGUGGACAACGAUAUAACUAGGAUGGCGAUUUCGCCACGAUGGAGUGGAUGGACUGACGAUUUAUCAGGGCUUGCAUAUUACUAUGUCGAGGUAAUCCGUUUGAAAACCAAUAUUUAUAGUGAAUUAAUUGAAAUGGAGCCGUUAUCGCCAGUCUUUUCGUAUAUGGAAAAAAACACAGGCUCACCAACGUUCCCGACAUAUACUCCUCCAUCGGCUGGCAUGUUCUCGAUUUUACUGCAAACAUCAGACAAGGCUAACCAUUCCAAGAUUGCACGGCGCCUUGUGUUGUAUGACAACGAAUCAAGCAUCACACUUACAAAACCAGGCUUAGCAUAUAGAAUGCCUGAUUUGGAGCAAGUUAUUGCCAUGAAGGAAGGAGAUGGUGGAAUUUACGUUGCAAGCGCUAUCAAGGAGACGGGUUACAUGUGGCAGACUUUUCAGAAUGGCACCAAUAUGACACUUGUCUUCAGUUGGGUUUCUCAUUUUGUAAAUAAGAUACACGAUGACGGAAAACUGUUAAAUACCAUUCUACCAUAUCCUACUCAAUUCCAGGAUCUAGAAGAUGACGGUGUGCUUCGAAGCAAAAACCACGUGAGACUUUGGGUUCGAGCCACGGAUAUCAUGAACAACACGCUGGCUGAUUAUACCGAGGUUCACAUUGACAACUCACCUUCUAGGGUCUCCAACAGCAUGAUCCAACAGAACAUUCUGGGCCAACAAACAUCCGAGUUGAAAAAAAAUCUCGCUAGCGGAGUGAGACUAGUGUGGGAUCUCCCGGACAAACCAUCAUGCUAUGGACGUGUUGAUAUCGUACUCAUCAUAUACCUAGGCGGUGGACAAACUAGGAACAUUCUGGUUAAUAGUGAGGAAAACUCCGUGGAUGUUCUUGGUCUUGACCCGGAUCAGGAAUACAGCGUGUCGCUGAACCUUGGAUUUGAUGGAACUGAACUCGCAGCUCUCCCGUAUUCAUUCAAAACAGCUGCCCAAGAGAACCAUCUUGACGGUGGAAUAAUUGCAGGCGUUGUCAGUGCUGUAUUGGUUCUUGUUGGAGCUAUGUUAGCAGUGUUUGUUGUUUUACUCCGGAGGGGUCAUAUGCAACCGGUCAGAAGACGACUGGACGCUAUGACAGUUCGCUACCGGAAGUCUCGGUUUGCUAGACCUCGUUCAAGUGCGAAACCUAAGGAACGGUCGUACAACAACUCGAUGUACAUGUACGGAGACAUGGACUUCGCCGACGUUGAUUCUUGGAAACUAACCAGGAAUGACAUUGUGCUUGCUAGCCUACUAAAGUCCGGAUCUUUCGCUGAUAUAUACCUGGCAAGCGUUCGGAAACGUGGAAACCAAAUGGUCGCAAAAACACUGAAACAGGGUUACACCAGCCAAGAUGCAUUCUUAAUGAAGGCCAAAAUCAACUUCUACUCCAUGGAAGUAGGCGAGCACGAGAAUGUCAUCUCCUUUGUUGGCGCUGUGAUUGACAAUACUGACAUGGGUCCAUUCAUUCUGUUCGAGUACUGCAGCAAGGGCCAGUUGAAUGAUCACGUGUCGACACUGCGAAGCAAAGUGACUGUACAAGUUCAUGAACAGCUGCUUCGCUUCUGUUUGCAAGUGGCUCGUGGAAUGGGUUUUUUGGCUGCGAAAAAGAUUGUACACCGACGUCUGGCAGCUCGUAACGUUCUUCUGGACUCUAACAUGACGGCCAAGAUUUCAGGAUUUGGACCGAUGGUUGGAGAUGGGGGAGAAGGCGGCAAUAAUGAGAAACGUGAGAGAAUUCCAGUCAAAUGGAUGGCGCCGGAAUGUUUGAAAUCAACAAAAGAUGCAAAUGAGAAAAGCGAUAUCUGGUCCUUUGGCGUAGUGCUGUGGGAGAUAUUUUCACUUGGCGCAGCACCGUAUGAUGACAUCCGAGGGAAGGAGUUGCCUGGUCGAUUAAAAAGUGGUUACCGACUUCCGAAGCCAGAACACAGUGAUGAAAAGUGGUACGCGAUGAUGACUCGUUGCUGGCAGACGGAUUCCGCAGACCGACCCACGUUCAAGGACAUCCUUACGGAGCUCAACGAGGUCUUUGUGGCCGCACCGGUGGACGAUUACUACUAUGCCGUACAAUAGACAUAAUAAUUUCUCAAGUUCAUAGGCUGAGAUGAAUAGUUUGUGGAUGAUGGUAUGCAGACGUAAAAUCCAAUGUCAAAUGCAAUAAUAAAAUGCCAGCCUUUUGAUACGACGUGGUUAGUGAUACAUGGCAAAGAAAGUAAGAAUAAUGGCUCAAAUUAUUACAUUUUUUUUUGAAUAUAUGCAUUUUUUUUUAAGUCCGUUGUAUACACAAUAAGAGCCAUGUACACACGUAAUGUAUCGGUUCAAACGUGUGACGAAGGUAAACGAUGCAUAUGCAAUACUUCGUUGCUGAACAACUAAACAAGUAAUACAAUAAACAUAAUGAUACACAUAUUUAUAUAUCUUAGGCAUUGUAUUGCUUUAUUAUUUUUGUAAUAACUUUAAACAAUGUCUAUUCUUGUUUCGAGUAUACGGACAAGAAUUUUGUUUAAAUAAAUUUGAAUUAAUGCUUUAUGGCAUAUUAAGUCUGCUCCAUUAAGGAUUUGCUUGAUUGGUAUUCACAAGUGACGUAUACAGGACAUGCACAUUGAACAGUUUGCUUUACAAUUAUAUUUAUUAUUGUAUAUUUAAAGGUAAAAAACAUUGUAUUCACAAAAAAUAAUUUGUAAUAAUUAACAAUACAUGAAUGGGUAUUAAAGCAAUAAAGAUU